ACUCAGCUUUGCCAGACCUCUCACCUCUGUCUGCACCUCAGGUUCCCAUUCAGCCGGCCUGAGCUGCUGAAGGAGUGGGUGUUGAACAUCGGCCGGGCUGGCUUCAAGCCUAAGCAGCACACGGUCAUCUGCUCCGAGCACUUCAGACCCGAAUGCUUCAGUGCAUUUGGAAACCGCAAAAACCUGAAGCACAAUGCUGUGCCGACAGUGUUUGCCUUUCAGGACUCCACGCAGCCUGUGAGGGAGAACACAAACCGAGCCAGGGAGAGAGGAGAUGCCGGCUCUCAGGGAGAGAAGGUCUGCCCUGAGGCAGCGGCCAAGGAGGAUGGCCCAAGGAAGAGCAUGGACAUUGUGCUGGAAGAGCUGCAGCUGCCCCCAAACCCUGAAGGCCCCCUGCAGCAGGUUUUGCCACAGAGAUCAGAAGCAGCAGAGGCUCCUGGCUGGCCAGCCAGCCCCGCUGAGCUGAAGAGGGCCCUUCCCAUGCAGGCUUCUGACCACAGCUAUGCCCUUUUGGAUUUAGAUGCCCUGAAAAAAAAACUCUUCUUCACUCUGAAAGAAAACGAAAAGCUCAGAAAGCGCUUGAAGGCCCAGAGGCUGGUGAUGCAGAGGAUGUCCAGCCGCCUCCGCACACACAGAGGGGGUCAGCAGGGACCCCAGGCCAGGCCACGGCCAAAGCAGCAGAGCUGAGCUGGAAACAGCACCCAGAGCAGGCAGUGAUUUGGGGGCUCUGGUCAUGGACACUUGGGUUUGCUGCUGACACUGAGGAAGGGGCCACCUGGUCUACUGAGAGGCCUCUGCCGGGGGAGCAGGGGCUGGGACGGAUGUGAGCCAGAGCCACACCUGCUGGGGCACCAAAGUGCCAGGGUGAGGCUGGUUUCUGUGCAAACAUGGUUGGAACCCCAGCUUGAAGAACUGACCUGACAGUGUCACAGCCACUCCCUGAGGAAGGAACCCACUCUGCCAGUGCACCUCCUUUAGGGACAGCCUGUGGGGCCCUCCCGCCCCCAUGCAGAGGGAGCGAUGGCCGAGACCCGUGAGUGGGUCCCCUCUGUCAUCCUGGACAGUAAGCUGGGAGAAGUGCCUCCUUUCCACCUGGUGGUGGUGAACACCAGAAUAAAGUGUCUUUCCACAUGCA